UAAGAGUCAAACCUAAAUAUAACCGCCGACCACCCUCUCUGAGAGAGAGAGAGAGAGAGACGAAGGAAGAAAGAAAGCGCGCACACAUCGCGUUCACGUGAGGAGAGUGCGCGUUUCUUCAUCAAGUGUCACAAAACAGCAACAUAAAGUUGACGACACGCGAGCAGCGCUGGAAGAUGGAGGACCAUACGGUUGUUAAAAAGCGAUCUGUGGCUGAACUAGCAGGAAAAUUCAGUUGUCAAAUUCCUCAUACGACAGAUGCUGAAGUGAACAAGCCAGUGAGGAGAAGACCUCCCCGCACCCUGCAGUUAUCUGCUGGUAAUGAUGCAAGUCAAGGCCCGGAUGAGAAAGAAGCAGGACCAACAUCACCCAGGAAAAACAGGAACUCUGCCCUUAUUGAAAAACUGCAGGCCAACCUUGCACUUUCUCCAACGGGACCACCUACCUUCCAAAAGAGCCCGGGGGUGGUAAAGUUACCUGUGGCGCCCUUCCCCUAUGGCGCCCCUGGCAGCCCCUCCAGUCCUCCUGUAAUUAUCACACCGAAACAAGAGGAAACUCCUACCAGCUUUGAGGACCCCGCUGAGGGAGGACCUCUCAAAAGUAUCAUCAAGGGAAGAGCUCGACUUUCCAUCAAGCGUCGCCCGCCGUCUCGCAAACACAGAAAAUCCAGCGCAGAAGAAGGUGGAGAAGAAGUGGCCACACCUGAACACGAAACUCCAAACGGGCACGAGGGAGAAGUGUUUGAGGAGCAGAAGACAUCUGACGGUGUCGACACCGCAUCGAUCUCAAAACAACAGAUCGAGCAAGAAACAAAUUCAACAGAUGCUGAAAAGCUGACUUCAGAAGAUGAAAAACCAGAGGUAAUGGUUGAGACUGAAACCCCAGAACAUAAAGAUAAAGAUGAAGGUGAACAAGAAGAGAAGACAGAGGAAGAUGUAAAAGAGGAGAAAAGUGCGGAUGAGCCGCAGUUAGCCGAAAGUCCCUCAGGGUCUAAAGAGCAAGAAGAGGCACGCGAAGAGCCGGUCACGCAACUUCAUGAAAAGCCACAGACUGAAUCUGAUGAAACAAUAGAUGAGAAAGAUACAGAACAGAAAGAAGAAGUAAUAAACCAAUAGGGUAAAGUGACCGUGUGCUUUAUGAAAGCCGAUACUUGAUUUUAGUUUCAGGAUAGAGGAGCUGAAGAUGGCUUUAUGUCUGCUUUAUCAACCCACAUUCAUAUCCAUAUCUAAAACACUUCACAUACUGUGCCUCCAGUAUCAUUUAUACAUCAUUUUGUAGAAAGAGAAAGUGUUUGGUUUGUAAUUUGCUUUUAAGUAGAAUUAAUACCUAUACAAAAUAGAUAUGACAACCUUAUAUUUUAAUUUAUGUAUGUGCACAUUUUCUAAUACAGCAAGGAGAAACAGUGUUUUUUACCCUGUAAAGAAUUACAUUUUUAAGUUUAAACAACUUUUUUUAAAACCAUUUCAACUUUCUUGAGGAGUAGGUAUAAAUAAAAAAAUAUUACCAGACUUAUUUUGAGUGUUUGGAAAAAUGUAUAUAGUAGCACAUAUUGAAAGUUGGCACGUGUUAUUCAUUGUUAAAAGUAUUAUUUUAACACCUAUGUAUAUGAGGGACAGGAAAGAUGCUUAUUUUGUAGAUUUUAUAGAAUGAGCCAUGUCUACUUAUUUGACUUUAUCUGUUACAUUUUACUUUAUCUGUUACAUCUGCAUAGAGAAAAUGUGAAAAUAACUACUUCACCAACUCAAAGCAAAAAGUAAUGAUCUAAAUUGCAGUAAUAUAUCUACGCUUUUUUGUCUUCUGAAUGUACAAGUGAAACUUUCAGAUGCAACAGUAUUUUGUCCUUCCUGUACAGUUUUAUUACAAUUUUAGUAACACAUCUGUUUUGAGCUGCUGGUAUGUCGUGUUUUACAGAUUGAUGUUUGAUUAUAAUUCAUGUCUAUAAAAAUAAGUACAUACUGAAAGACAUUUUUUAUGUUUGUGUUGUUCAUGAUAUUCCUUUCACGAAUAAAUGUGAUUUUUAAAAUUGUAAAU